UAGCAAACCAACCUAUAAUCUUCAUCCGAAAAACCACCAUGAAUCCUGCCAAAGAGCUAUUGAAUACAUCGUUGCUUCUCUCCCUACUUGUUUUUCGAUUUUCCUUUUCCCUUGACACCAUUUCGCCGAACGAGACCGUUAAAGACGGUGACAUCCUAGUUUCGAAAGGAGAAACUUUCGCCCUUGGGUUUUUCAGCCCGGGAAACUCUGGCCGCCACUACGUCGGAAUAUGGUACAACAAAGUUCCUGAACAAACCGUUGUGUGGGUAGCAAACAGAGACAACCCUCUCAAUGAUACCUCCAGAGUCCUCUCCAUCAACAGCCAUGGAAACCUCGUCCUCAACAGCAAAAACCAAAGCACUCCUAUCUGGUCUACAAACGCUUCAGUCUCAUCCACGAACAAUUCUAUGGCGGCUCAGCUCUUAGAUUCUGGAAAUCUUGUUUUGGUUCUACGAGACAGCCAAAGGGUUACAUGGCAAAGCUUCGACUAUCCCACGAAUACUCUAUUUGGGUUCAUGAAACUUGGGCUGGACGCCGGGUUCAACUGGCACCUAACAUCUUGGAAGUCCGAAGAUGACCCGGCAACCGGCAACUGCUCAUUAGAGAUUGACCCAACUGGGUACCCACAAUUGUUCUUAAACAAGGGUGGAUCUCCAUUGUGGCGGGGCGGACCUUGGACCGGCCAAAGAUGGAGCGGUAUACCUGAAAUGACUCAGCAUUUUAUUUUCAAAGAUAGUUUUGUGAAUAAUCAAGAUGAGGUCACGUUUGUGUCUGCUGAAACUGAUAGUAGAAUUUUCACUAGGCUGGUGAUGAACGAACCAGGAGUCGCUGCUCGGUCCACGUGGCACGAGAGUAGAUGGGUCGUGUUUUGGUAUGUUCCGAAAGAGUUGUGUGAUAGGUAUGGAGAGUGCGGUCCAAAUGGUUACUGCGACCCAUACAAUAAUCCCACCAAGUUCCAGUGCACAUGCUUACCCGGGUUUGAACCCAAUUCGACCAGUGAAUGGUACUUGAGAGACGGGUCGGGCGGGUGCGUGAGGAGUCAAGGAGUAUCCGCGUGCCACAGUGGAGAAGGGUUUGUGAAGCUGCCACGUGUGAAAGUGCCGGAUACUUCUAUAGCACGUGUGAACAUGAGUUUGAGUUUGAAGGAAUGUGAGCAGGAGUGCUUGAGGAACUGUUCUUGUACGGCUUACACCAGUGCAAAUGAGACAAGGGGUGGGAUUGGGUGCUUGUCAUGGCAUGGGGUCUUGGUGGACAUCAGAACGUUUGCCAAUGGGGGACAAGAUUUGUUUGUACGUGUAGAUGCUGCUACAUUAGCUCAAUAUUCAAAGAAAAAUGGCCUUAUUCGGAACAAGAGGAUGCUGGCAGUUCUUGUGGUUUCUGUUGCUAUAACGUUGCUUCUUUUAGUCUCCAUUGUGUAUUGGCUGGUAAUGAGGAAGAAAACAGAAAGCAGGGAAGGCAAAAAUCUGUUUAGUGUUACCUCAACUUCAACAUACCUUCAUGAAAGCAGGGAGUUUAAUGAGAGUACAAGAAAUUUAGAUUUGCCAUUCUUUGAUCUAAAUAUCAUAGUUGCAGCCACAAAUAAUUUCUCUGUUGCUAACAAGCUUGGAGAAGGUGGUUUUGGCCCAGUUUAUAAGGGUCUCUUAGAUAAUCAGAAGGAAAUUGCAGUAAAAAGACUAUCAAGGUAUUCCGGACAAGGAGUAGAAGAAUUCAAAAAUGAAGUUAGAAUAAUUGCUAAACUCCAACAUAGGAACCUUGUGAAGAUUCUAGGUUAUUGCGUUCAAGGAGAAGAAAAGAUGUUAAUCUAUGAGUACUUGCCAAACAAAAGCCUCAACUUUUUCAUAUUUGACGAAACAAAAAGGUCCUUGUUACAUUGGAGAAAACGCUUCGAGAUUAUUUGUGGGGUUGCUCGAGGGCUCUUAUAUCUUCAUCAAGACUCAAGAUUAAGAAUUGUCCACAGAGACUUAAAGGCCAGCAAUAUUCUACUUGACAAUGCAAUGAACCCAAAAAUUGCAGAUUUCGGUAUGGCUAGAAUCGUUGGACAGGACCAAAAUGAAGCAAAUACAAAUCGCAUCGUUGGAACAUUUGGAUAUAUGUCACCAGAGUAUGCAAUGCAAAGGCUAUUUUCAGUGAAGUCUGAUGUAUAUAGCUUUGGGGUUUUGAUGCUAGAGCUCAUUACUGGCAAAAAGAACAGUGCUUAUUAUCAUGAUGGUCCCUCCUCAAACUUGAUUGGGCAUGUAUGGGACUUAUGGAGAGAAGAUAAAGCCAUGGAAAUAGUUGAUUCAUCACUAGGUGAGGAAUAUGCUAAUGAAGUUUCGAGAUGUAUUCAAAUUGGUCUUUUAUGCGUGCAAGAACAUGCAAUAGAUAGACCGACCAUGUCAGCAGUUGUUUUUAUGUUGGGUAAUGACACACAUCUUUCUUAUCCAAAACAACCUACAUUUAUUCUGAAGGGCACUUAUAACAGUAAAGAUAGAUCAAUUAGUGAAGGUACUUGUUCUGUAAAUGAAGUAUCAAUUACCAUGAUUAAUGCUCUCUUCAUCAGAAAAACCCCCAUGAAUCCUGCCAAAGAGCUAUUGAAUACAUCGUUGCUUCUCUCCCUACUUGUUUUCCGAUUUUGCAUUUCCCUUGACACCAUUUCGCCGAAUGAGACCGUUAAAGACGGUGACAUCCUAGUUUCGAAAGGAGAAACUUUCGCCCUUGGGUUUUUCAGCCCUGGAAACUCUAGCCGCCGCUACGUAGGAAUAUGGUAUAACAAAGUUCCUGAAAAAACCGUUGUGUGGGUAGCAAACAGAGACAACCCUCUCAAUGAUACCUCUGGAGUCCUCUCCAUCAACAGCCAUGGAAACCUCGUCCUCAACAGCAAAAACCGAAGCACUCCUAUCUGGUCUACAAACGCUUCAGUCUCAUUCACGAACAAUUCUAUGGCGGCUCAGCUCUUAGAUUCUGGAAAUCUUGUUUUGGUUCUACGAGACAGCCAAAGGGUUACAUGGCAGAGCUUUGACUAUCCGACGAAUACUCUGCUCGCGUCCAUGAAAUUUGGGCUGGACCGGCGAACCGGAUUAAACCGGCACCUAACAUCUUGGAAGUCUGAAGAUGACCCGGCAUCCGGCAACUGCUCAUUUGAGAUUGACCCAACUGGGUACCCACAAUUGUUCUUAAACAAGGGUGGAUCUCCAUUGUGGCGGGGCGGACCUUGGACCGGCCAAAGAUGGACCGGUAUACCUGAAAUGAAUAUUCAGCAUUUUAUUAUCAACGUUAGUUAUGUGGAUAAUCAAGAUGAGGUCACGUAUCUGUAUACUUUAACCGACCCAAGAAUUUUCACUAGACUGGUGAUGAACGAACCAGGAGUCGCUUCUCAGUCCACGUGGCACGAGAGUAGAUGGGUCAUGUUUUGGUAUACUCCGAAAGAGUUGUGUGAUACGUAUGGAGCGUGCGGUCCAAAUGGUUACUGCGACCCAUACAAUCCCACCAAGUUCCAGUGCACAUGCUUACCCGGAUUUGAACCCAAUUCGACCAGUGAAUGGUACUUGAGAGACGGGUCGGGCGGAUGCGGGAGGAGUCAAGGAGUAUCCGCGUGCCACAGUGGAGAAGGGUUUGUGAAGCUGCGACAUGUGAAGUUGCCGGAUACUUCACAUGCACGUGUGGACAUGAGUUUGAGUUUGAAGGAAUGUGAGCAGGAGUGCUUGAGGAACUGCUCUUGUACGGCUUACACCAGUGCAGAUGAGACAAGGGGUGGGAUCGGGUGCUUGUCAUGGCACGGGGACUUGGUGGACAUUAGAACGUUUGCCAAUGCGGGACAAGAUUUGUUUGUACGUGUGGAUGCAGCUGCAUUAGCUCAAUAUUCAAAGAAAAAUGGCCUUAUUCGGAACAAGAGGGUGCUGGCAGUUCUUGUGGUUUCUGUUGCUGUAACGUUGCUUCUUUUAGUCUCCAUUGUGUAUUGGCUGGUAAUGAGGAAGAAAACAGAAAGCAGGGAAAUCAAAAAUCUGUUUAGUAUUACCUCAACUUCAACAUACCUUCAUGAAAGCAGGGAGUUUAAUGAGAGUAGAAGAAAUUCAGAUUUGCCAUUCUUUGAUCUAAAUAUCAUAGUUGCAGCCACAGAUAAUUUCUCUGUUGCUAACAAGCUUGGAGAAGGUGGUUUUGGCCCAGUUUAUAAGGGUCUCUUAGAUAAUCAGAAGGAAAUUGCAGUAAAAAGACUAUCAAGGUAUUCGGGACAAGGAGUAGAAGAAUUCAAAAAUGAAGUUGGAAUAAUUGCUAAACUCCAACACAGGAACCUUGUGAGGAUUCUAGGUUAUUACGUUCAAGGAGAAGAGAAGAUGUUAAUCUAUGAGUACUUGCCAAACAAAAGCCUGGACUUUUUCAUUUUUGACAAAACAAAAAGGUCAUUGUUAGAUUGGGGAAAACGCUUCGAGAUUAUUUGUGGGGUUGCUCGAGGGCUUUUAUAUCUUCAUCAAGACUCAAGAUUAAGAAUUAUCCACAGAGACUUAAAGGCCAGCAAUAUUCUACUUGACAAUGCAAUGAAUCCAAAAAUUGCUGAUUUCGGUAUGGCUAAAAUUGUUGGAGGGGACCAAAGUGAAGCAAAUACAAAUCGCGUCGUUGGAACAUAUGGAUAUAUGUCACCGGAGUAUGCAAUGCAAGGGCUAUUUUCAGUGAAGUCUGAUGUAUAUAGCUUUGGGGUUUUGAUGCUAGAGCUCAUUACUGGCAAAAAGAACAGUGCUUAUUAUCAUGAUGGUCCAUCCUCAAACUUGAUUGGACUUGUAAGAACAUGGGCAAAGGGUUUAUCAAAUCAGCCUGCUAUUUUUUUUUAAACCUAAUAUAUAUGAUGAAUAUGUUGUUUGUAGGUUUGGGACCUAUGGAGAGAAGAUAAAGCCAUGGAAAUAGUUGAUUCAUCACUGGGUGACCAAUAUGCUAAAGAAGUUUUGAGAUGUAUUCAAAUUGGUCUUUUGUGCGUGCAAGAACAUGCAAUAGAUAGACCGACCAUGUCAGCAGUUGUUUUUAUGUUGGGUAAUGACACACAUCUUUCUUAUCCAAAACAACCUGCAUUUAUUCUGAAGAGCACUUACAACAGUAAAGAUAGAUCAAUUAGUGAAGGUGUUUGUUCUGUAAAUGAAGUAACAAUUACUAUGAUUAAUGCUCGCUAACCACAUGUUGU